AUGAAGAGACGCAUUCAACCUCAGGCUCGGGACUUGCUGUCUAAGACUCACACUGCAAAGCUUAAUCUUCGCGACAAUCCCGAAACAGGAGUUUUCGCAGAAGGCCUGAGCGCUUUUGCCGUGAAGUCAGCUGAAGAACUGGCGAAACUCCUGGCAACGGGACAGCGCAACCGGAAGGUGGGCGCCACAUUGAUGAACGCUGUCUCGAGCAGGUCCCACUCCAUCUUCACGCUAACAGUUGAGAGCGCAGACAAAGAAGGACGCGUGCGGAUGGGCAAGUUGAAUCUUGUGGAUCUUGCUGGCUCAGAAAGGCAAAGCAAAGCUGGCUCCGUAGGCGAACGGUUUAGAGAAGCUAUGAAGAUCAACCUGUCCCUGAGCGCUCUUGGUAAUGUUAUUUCCGCCCUGGCGGAACAGUCUCCCUUCGUUCCGUACCGAGACUCGAAACUAACUCGAAUCUUGCAGGCCUCGCUGGGGGGGAACACCAGGACUGCCAUGGUGGCCAACGUCGGGCCUGCGUGCGUUCACUACGACGAGACUCUGAGCACACUCCGCUAUGCUCAAAGAACAAAGCACAUUAAGAAUGCUCCACAUGUUAACGAAGAUCCCAAGCAGGCAGUGAUUCUCGCGUUUCAGGAAGAAAUCGCUCACCUGAAGCGGCAGUUACAAGCAGCGGAAGAAGCAAGGCUCCAGGCGCUUAAUAACCCCGUUGAGCAGCUGAAGGAAGUUAUUGUUGAGAAGCCUGUCAUUGUCGAGAAGGAAGUUAUUCGCGAAAAACCCACAAUAGUGGAAAAAAUCAUAGAGAAAAUCAAAAUAGUAGAUGUCUCGGAAGAGGAGAGGCGCAAACUGGAAGAAUUAAAUUUGGAGCAGCAGCGUCAUCUUCGAGCUACUUUUGAGACGGAGAAAAACGUAAUUUCUCAAUUGCUGCCGCACUGCAAACCAGUUAUAGCAAGUGAAUUUAGUUGGUUUGGAGUGAACCUGCAUCUGCAAUUGCAUAUACUCAAAGUCGAUUUCCUUCAUCCGUUGAACAAACUCCAUGUUGUCAAUCAGGCUAUCGAGCUGGCACGGAGAAAGGCAGAAGAAGACUUGAGAGCCAAAGAGGCUGAGAUGGCAAUGUACGAACAGCACAAAGCCGAGCUAGCAGCCCGCUUGAAAAACAUGGAGGCGCAACUCUUGCGGGGAAACGCGGAGAUAUCAAAGGCCAAGCAGCAGCAGCGGGAGUUGAAGAGGACCCAGUUGCGCUUAGAAGAGCAGAAGAAGAUGGAGGAGCAACUCCGGAGGGAACGGGAUCAAGGCCGGGAAGCGCGGCUGCUGCUUGAAAGCCUUGUAACCUCCAAAGACAAGGAACUGAGUCACUUGUCCAGCAAAGUGCAACAACUCUGCAGACGCUACACCGAAGUUGUCGAUGACAUCGAAGACUUGCAAAAGGAAUUUCAGGCAGAGCGGGAGUCUCUCUUGCAUGACAUACGGUCAAUGGAGCUCGAAAUGCGCUUACAACAGGCCAUAAUAGAUCGUUUCGUUCCUCCUGAAGAAGCCACGAGGAUUCGGGCACUCGCCUCUUGGGACGAAGUUCAAGGCGAAUGGGCAAUACCGAAGUCCGAACUCACCGGAAAUGGACUACCAUUCCUACCUGGGUCUGUUAGUAUGAGCACGAGUGCUCCCUGA